AAUUAAGGUUAAACUCAAUACGUAACUUUUGGUUAAAGUAGAAAACUUCCAGAUACUGCACUUCUGAUCAAAAUAGCAAUUGUGACGCAUUUAUGUGGUAAUAAUGGAAAAUUAUAAAAUAUUUAAAUACGAGUCAUUAUUAAAAAAUAGCUGAUCUAUGUGUAAGAACUGGUGGUGCUUUUAUUUCUAUAGGCAGGUUUGUUUACUUCCAGUUCAAUGUUGCUACAAACAUGACUUCUUUAGGUCAUAUUUUUAACUCCAAAUGUGCUAUUUUUAGACUUAUUUGAUUAUUAAAUUGUUGUCACUUUCCUUACCUAACAUAUUUAAUACAUCGUCGAUAAAGAACCUGCUGAAUGAGCAAAGGGCCGAUAAACUGAUGAGGACUUACCAAUGAAAAUGGAUGAUGAUGGCCUGCAGACCGCUUGCUGUGAUACAAGAUGGUCACAGCAACUGUCAGGCCUUCCUCCCAAGCUCCUGCAGCGCCUCAUGCCUUUCCAGCGGGAGGGAGUGGAGUUCGCUCUGUCCAGGAACGGACGAUGCAUGAUCGCCGAUGAGAUGGGUCUGGGGAAGACGGUGCAGGCCAUCGCGGCGGCGUACGCCUUCAGGCGGGAGUGGCCCCUGCUGGUGGUGGUGCCCUCCUCCCUCAAGUACCCCUGGAUCGAGGAGCUGGAGAGGUGGAUCCCCGAGCUGCAGCCUGGAGACGUCAACCUGGUGGAGAACAAGAGCCACACCAUGAACAUCAGCAGCAGUAAGGUGACGGUCCUGGGUUACGGCCUGCUCUCCACAGACGCGCGCCCCCUGGUGGAGGCUCUGAGUCGGCAGCGAUUCGCCGUGGUCGUGGUCGACGAGUCGCACUACCUUAAAUCCAGGAACGCGGCGAGGACCAAGAUCCUGGUGCCGCUCAUCCAGAGCGCCAAGAGGGCCAUCCUGCUGACCGGAACCCCGGCCCUGGGCCGCCCCGAGGAGCUCUUCAUGCAGAUUGAUGCUCUCUACCCUAAGAGGCUCGGCACCUGGAGCGACUACGCUAAGAAAUACUGCAACGCCCAUUACAGGUACUUCGGCGCUCGCAGGCAGUGGGACUGUCGCGGCUCCUCCAACCUGCAGGAGCUACACCAGCGUCUGAGUGAGAUCAUGAUCCGCCGGCUCAAGGCCGAGGUGCUCAGUCAGCUGCCCCCCAAAAUCCGCCAGCGUAUCCCCUUCGACCUGCCCAAGGACGCUGCAAAGGAGGCCUCGGCCAGCUUUGCAGAGUGGGAGCGUCUGAUGAAAGGACUGGGGUCGGGGGUCGUCGACGCCGGCAACCCCUUCACGCAGGUCAUGGGCCUGGUCACACAGAUGUACAAACAAACAGCCAUCGCCAAGGCGGGAGCUGUGAAGGACUACAUUAAGAUGAUGCUGGAGGCAGAGCAGCUGAAGUUCCUGGUGUUCGCCCACCACCUCACCAUGCUGCAGGCCUGCACCGAGGCCGCCAUCGAGGCCAAGGCUGCUUAUAUCCGGAUCGACGGCAGCGUACCGUCCUCAGAGCGAAUCCAGCUGGUCCACAAGUUCCAGAGCGACCCGGAGACUCGGGUCGCCAUCCUCAGCAUCCAGGCAGCCGGACAGGGUUUGACCUUCACGGCAGCAAGCCACGUGGUGUUCGCCGAGCUCUACUGGAACCCGGGUCACAUGAAGCAGGCGGAGGACCGCGCCCACCGCAUCGGACAGACGGCCUCCGUCAACGUGCACUACCUCAUCGCCAAGGGAACCUUCGACACCGUCAUGUGGUCCAUGCUCAACAGGAAGGAGACGGUGACGGGCAGCACGCUGAACGGCAGGAAGGAAUAUCUGCAGGCUGAAGAGGGCGACAAGGACAAGUUUGACUUCCUCAACUUUGCGAACGCGUGGAGCCCGAGUGAGACGCUGCUGCCGCCGGACGGGAAGACAGGAAACGUCAGAGAGGACGUGUUCUUCACUCAUUUUGAGCAAGACAAGCAGCACGACAUCCGCUCCUUCUUCUCCCCCGGCUCCAGCAAGGAGAAGAAGAGAAAGAGAGCAGGAGAUGGAGAAACUUCUCCCUCCGUCUCCUCGGAGAUGUUCGCCGCUCCAACUGGCAGAGGAGUGAACUUUGAAGAACCAGAGGAGGAGAAAGAGAAGGACACGGACUUCUCCCCGCAGCUGAAGAGGCUCCGGACGCCUCAGCCCAGCCCCAGCCCCCGGUCCAGACUGGUCAGGAGUCAGAGGAGGUCUGUGGGGAGCCCUGCUGUCUCCCUCAUGGCCCCGAGGAAGCUGACGGAGCCCGAACCUCCGUCUGAGGCGUGGAGCUGCGGGGCCUGCACCUACUCCAACAGCUCCCUGCUGCCGUACUGCGAGAUGUGCGAGUUCCCUCGCUCGUCUCCUGCCGUCCAGUCAGAGCCCCCCAGGCCUCGGCGGCCCCCCUCGGCAGCCGAUCCGGACCGGGCAUGCGUGGUGGUGCUCUCCGACAGCUCCGACAGCGAGCCGGCGACUCCUCCGAAAGCGCGCGAAGACAAACAGAGCGACGAAGAGGAGGAGGAGGAGGAGGAGGAGGAAGACAAACAGAAAGCAGGAGCAGCAGAGGAGGAGGACAAGCGGCAGCUCAAAGGCAAACAAUCAGCGGGAGAGCGAGGAGACAACGUGGCUGUGCGCCUCCCCCCCGACCACACACAGGACCGGAGAGCUGCUGCUGCUGCUGCUGCUGCUGCUAAUGACGAUGAUGAGGCCGAUGAUGGAGAUGACGCCUGCCCCGUCUACCCGGGCCUGCAGUUCUGCGCCAGCCAGUACACAGACCGAAUAUAUCUUUACUCCAAGGACGGGACUCCGUUGAACUUGAGCUUCGUCCCUCUGGACAUCAAACUAACCAACUGGGACGAGCUGCCCGAGGCCUUCAGCCGGCGCCGGGAAAAUCGAAUACAGGUGCUGAGGCUGGUUCAGGAGUGGAGCAGCCUGGCAGCCAUGAAGCAGAAGCUGCUCCGACGCAGCGGCCUCCUCUUCCACAGCCCGACGUUAGGCCUGCAGCAGCUGGCCGCCGCCCAGCGCCCGCACUCCAGCACCAAGAGGUACCUGAGCAAAGGCGAGGUGGCCCAGGAGUCCCGGAGCAAAGCCCAGCAGGAGGGAGGCAGCGUCCGGCUGGUUACCAAGGAGAAGUUCUCCACAAAGAGGAGGUCUGCUGCUGCAGAGAGCCGGGACCAGGAGUCCGCUGAGACGUCGGAGGAGCAGACGUCCUCAGAGUCAGGCUUCCUGCAGGCCGUGGACAGUGAGGGUGUCCCCCUGUGUCUGUCCUGCCAGAAGGCCUGCUCCGCCACCGGAGGAGCCUGGGACACUCGCUUCUGCAGCCACAGGUGCCAGGAGGAGUUCCAGCUGCGCUCCAGCCAGUCCUUCAUGCGCUCCCGGGUCCUGGAGGCGGAGCAGGGCGUCUGCCAGCACUGCGGCCUCCACGCCCACGACCUGUUCCUCAAGGUGCGCGACGCCCCGCCCCCCCAGCGCAAGGACAUGCUGGAGAACACCUGGCUGGCCCAGCUGUCACUCAAACAGCUGAAUGAGAUGAUCCGUGCUCCGGUGGAAGGAGACUUCUGGCAGGUCGACCACAUCCGUCCGGUGUACAGCGGAGGAGGACAGUGCUCUCUGGACAACCUGCAGACGCUCUGCACCGUCUGCCACAAAAACAGGACGGCUCAGCAAGCCAAAGAGCGGAGCCAGAGGAGGAAGAGCGCCGCCGCGUCCAAGGUGGCGUCAGACAUCAGCAGGUUCCUCGUCAGGAAGUGAAAUGAAGCUUUAGUAAGGGUAGGAUAGCUCUGCUCCAAUCACAGUGUCGAAGCCAACAAAACAUGCAUUUAAAGUGUCAGUUCACCCCAAAAACACAACUCCUACACUCUAAUUAUCAGUCUAGAUAGUUCUAGUAUAAGUUGGCCUUCUCUGAGCUUUUUUGAGCAGUUUCAUGCACAAAUUAUUUUCCUUCUAGUGCACGAAACUCCUCAUCAUAAAGUCGGUGCAUUAUCUUCAGUAACUGGGUCGUGAUUUCUGCAAAGAGACAUGAGUCAAUUCAUCUUUUUGCACGUUUUGCUUGAUGCAAACACCAAAAUUUGAUAAAACUUGCACAUAAAAGUUUUUACGCUCACUGGAGGCGUUUUUUGUUUUUUUUAAAAAUGUGCUAAACAGGAGAUGGAAACACUUUUUCUGAAUAAAAUCUGACGUUUAACUCCCAUGACUGAUCAGCUGUUUCCUCUGACAUGAAAGAACAAGUAGAAGUUGUCCAGUUGAAUCCAAUUCCUGAUGUCUCCUCUCCAUUUUCUCUUUUGUUGUUGUUUUCUCUCUUCUACUUCUCCUGUUUACUGGCGGAUUAGCCUACAGCACCACAUUACACUGCCACCUGCUGACCAAAGUACGUUACUGCAGCUUUGUUUAUUCGCUCUGAUGGAAACUCACUAAUUCACAUCUUCUUUAAUGCAACAUUUCUAAAAUUUGGCUUCAACUUUCAUGGAAACACGGCUACAGUUUAACAGCUUAGCCUGGGAACUACAGUAUUCACUCCAGACUGUUUCAAAGAAGUAAGUGUUACCAAUGUGGACGACCGUUAUAAAGCUUUGAUUUUGGC